AUGGGCUGUUGGAUUUUGAAUGAGAGUCUUUCUAUCAUAUUAGUUCUCUUAUGGCUGGGAGUAAAUUUCUAUCUGUUUAUAGACACAUUCUGUUGGUAUGAAGAGGAGGAUGCAUUUCUGUACACACGAGUUAUGUUGGGUUCAGCACUGGCCUGGGCUCGAGCUUCCGCUGUGUGUCUGAAUUUUAACUGCAUGCUAAUCCUAUUACCAGUCAGUCGAAACUUUAUUUCACUCAUGAGAGGGACACAUACCUGCUGCCGAGGCCUAUGGAGGAGACAAUUAGACAAAAACCUCAAAUUCCACAAACUGGUCGCCUAUGGGAUAACUAUUCAUGCAACUAUCCACAUAGUGGCACACUUGUUCAACCUGGAACAUUACAACUGGAGCCAGUCCCCAGAUGCUAGUGGACUUCCAGCCGCACUGUCCAAACUGGGCAGCACCCCAAAUGAAAGCUACCUCAACCCCAUCCGGACCUUCAACACAAAUAUAACUGCUGAGUUACUGACAACAGUAGCAGGGAUCACUGGACUGGUCCUCUCUCUGGCUUUAAUCUUGAUCCUAACUUCUUCAACUGAGUUCAUCAGACAAGUCUCCUAUGAGUUGUUCUGGUAUACACACCACGUUUUCAUCUUCUUCUUCAUCGGUCUUGCUGUCCAUGGAACAGGCCGGAUCGUUCGAGGCCAAACUCCGGAGAGUCUAACACAGCACAACGCUACAUUCUGCAGGGAUCGUUAUGCAGAAUGGCAGAUGGCUGCCCAGUGCCCCCUGCCUCAAUUUUCUGGCAAGGAACCUUCGACUUGGAAAUGGGUUUUAGGCCCUGUGGUCUUGUAUGCAUGUGAGAGAAUAAUUAGGAUCUGGAGAUUUCAAGAAGAAGUUGUCAUUACCAAGGUGGUAAGUCAUCCCUCUCAAGUCCUGGAGAUUCACAUGAAAAAGCAGCGCUUCAAAAUGGCCCCGGGGCAGUACAUCUUCUUACAGUGCCCGUCAUUAUCUGCAUUAGAGUGGCAUCCCUUUACCCUCACCUCAGCUCCCGAGGAGGACUUCUUCAGUGUGCACAUCCGGGCAGCAGGAGACUGGACCAGAGCUUUAUUUGAGGCCUACGGAGCAGAGGAGAAAGUCCGAAAAGAGCUCUGGCACUUACCAAGGCUAGCGGUGGAUGGGCCAUUCGGAGCCGCCCUCACGGACGUGUUCCACUACCCAGUGAGCGUGUGCAUUGCUGCGGGAAUAGGAGUCACACCCUUCGCUGCUCUUCUGAAAUCCAUCUGGUACCAGUGCUGCAAGCCACAGACCAAGCUGAAGCUGAGCAAGGUGUAUUUCUACUGGAUUUGCCGGGAUGUGAGAGCUUUUGAGUGGUUCGCAGAUCUCUUACUUUCACUGGAGACACAAAUGAGUGAGAGAGGGGAAGUUAACUUCCUGAGUUACCGUAUAUUUCUCACUGGCUGGGAUGAAAAUCAGGCUAUUCACAUAGCUUUACACUGGGAUGAAAAGACCGAUGUGAUUACGGGCUUAAGGCAAAAAACCUCCUAUGGAAGACCCAACUGGAACGAUGAGUUCAGACAGAUAGCCUACAACCACCCCAGCAGUAGCAUUGGUGUGUUCUUCUGUGGACCCAAGGCUCUCUCAAAGACACUUCAAAAGAUGUGCCGCUUGUAUUCAUCAGCUGACCCCAGGGGCGUUCAAUUUUAUUACAACAAAGAAAGCUUCUAG